GAGAGCGGGAAGAACGGGGAGAGAGUGUCGAGCACUGGGACGAGGUUUCCGGAGCGGCGAAGAGGGUCGCAUGUAGCAAAAGCUUCCCUAUAUAAUCUGACAGACGGUCAGUUGCCCGGGCACGGAUCGUUCUCGCGCCGCCCGGAUCAGUCUUUCACAUACGUUAGCUUCUGUUCGUUCGCUCCUGUUCGUUCGCCGCCGAUUCUCUCUCCUCUUUUCCUUUUCCAGUUCCUGCUCUUUUUUUUCUUCUUCCCCUUCCUCUUCUUUCCUCUGUACUCGUCCCGUCCUCUCGCAACUCGGGUCUGCCGCGUGUCGGCCUUGAAAUUUAGUGACAGUGCAAGUCUGACCUUGGCGAGCUGCUUUGUCAAGGCUGACAGGACGAGAAAUGGACGCGUAGGAAAUUCGUUCACCAAAUUAAUAAUUAAUAUUGAAUUGAACUUUAACGGAGGCCACUUGAUAGUCAUGAGAAAACGAAGAAACAAUUAAUAUCACGGAGAUCGUAUACACGGGACCAUAUAUAUCCGUAGAGAAUGGAGGAAUCAUCUUCAAAAAUACGUCCUUAUGUGGACUGGGAUAACGAAGACAAGUACUCAGUAGCGAAUAGUCAAGCGCCCUUGCAGGGCGGCGAAGACGAGCACCCGGAACGCGGUACCUGGACGGGAAAAUUCGAUUUCCUUUUGUCUCUUCUGGGAUACAGCGUAGGCCUCGGAAAUGUCUGGAGAUUUCCGUAUCUUUGCUACUCGAACGGCGGCGGUGCUUUCCUAAUACCGUUCACUGUGAUGCUUAUUAUCGCCGGAUUGCCACUUAUGUUCAUGGAACUUUCCUUAGGACAAUACGCUAGUCUCGGACCGGUAGCGGCUUACAAGCAGUUUUGUCCUCUGCUUCGCGGCUUAGGAUACGGAAUGGUCCUUGUUAGUUUCGUUGUCAUGCUCUAUUAUAAUUUAAUCAUCGCCUGGACGCUGUAUUACAUGUUUGCGUCGGUCGUUGGUGGUUGGGAGUUACCCUGGAGCAAAUGCGAGAAAGAAUGGAGCACCAAGGAUUGCUUCAUGCCGGACGCUGCCGAGGCUUGUGUCUCUCAAAACGCUUUUUACUUCAAAGGAAAAUGCCUCAAUGCGAGUCAAAUGACUGCGAUGGGCCUGAUCAUCGAAAACAUAACUGGCGCUAUCAAAAGACCGCCGGCCGAGGAAUACUUUCACAAUCAUGUUUUGGGGAUCAGCAGCGGGAUCGAGGAAACUGGGUCGAUUCGACCGUCCAUAGCGGCUUGUCUUUUCCUGGCGUGGAUCAUUGUGUUUCUUUGCUUGAGCAAAGGCGUGCAAAGCUCAGGCAAAGUCGUGUACUUCACCGCUCUUUUUCCAUAUGUUGUUCUAAUAGCCCUUUUUAUUCGUGGAAUUUUACUUCCUGGUGCUAACGAGGGUGUACUCUUCUAUCUGACUCCUGACUGGAGGAGACUGAUGUCCGCCAAGGUAUGGGGAGACGCCGCCGUUCAGAUCUUCUUCGCUUUGAGUCCAGCCUGGGGUGGCCUGAUCACUUUGAGUUCGUACAACAAGUUCACCAACAACUGCUACAAGGACUCGUUAAUCGUGGCGAUCAGCAACAUCGGAACUUCCUUCUUCGCCGGCCUGGUGAUCUUCUCGGUAAUUGGCUUCCUUGCUCACGAGCUCGACGUGCCGGUGGCGUCGGUGGUUGACGAAGGCGCUGGGUUGGCAUUUAUCGUUUAUCCAGAGGUUGUAGCUCGUCUGCCGGUCGCGCCUGUCUGGUCGCUGCUGUUCUUCAUCAUGUUGCUCACUUUGGGCCUCGAUUCACAGUUCGCUCUCAUGGAGACCGUCACCACGGCGAUACUCGAUGGUAUUCCGUCAUUGAGAAACUACAAGGUCUGGGUCGUUCUAGGAGUUGCGGUGGUCGGCUAUGCCGGUGGUAUUAUUUACACCACCAAUGCUGGUAUGUAUUGGCUGCAGUUAAUGGACAAAUACGCGGCCAAUUGGUCCGUCCUGCUGAUCGCCAUAAGUGAAUGUAUUCUUGUGGCAUGGGUGUACGGCGCGGAUCGCUUUUUGGAUGAUGUUCAACAGAUGAUCGGGCCCCGAGGUCGUAUAUGGAGAUUUUUCUGGACGUGGAUGUGGAAACUCAUCACGCCCGCGGCGCUAUUCUUCAUCCUCUGUUUUAAUUGGGUGGAGUACGAGCCGCUCAAGUACGGAGCUUACAUUUAUCCGAAAUGGGCGGACGUAUUAGGCUGGGUUAUCAGUAUGCUUCCCGUUUUAGUAAUUGUCGGACUGGCUAUAGAUCAACUAAAAGGACGGCGUCGGCGAUUAUCCUACGAUGAUGAUGAUGAUGAUGACGAUGAUGACGAUGACGACGACGACGACGACGACAAUUAUGACGACGAUGACGAUGAGCUUGACGAUGGGGGAUCUUGCCGAAAAACGGGAAAAGAAAAGGGCAAGGAUAAGAACGUAUGGAAUCGCGUAAAGAUAUUGUUACAGCCAACAUCCAAGUGGGGACCGCAAAAUUCUUUAACAACUUCUAGAACUCUGAUGGCUUCGUUAGCAACCCCGGGAACGUACGACUCGGUGCGGGAUACGAUUAUUCUGGUGAACGGUCAGCCGAUGAUGGUGCAACCACCCAGCAUCAUUCCACCUGCUCAGAAACUCCCCGGACCAUCGAUCCUUAAGAAUUCUAGUAAAACUGAUCUGAUUACCUCGCAGCAAGUGUGACACGACGUUCGUUUUACGUCCGAUGACGAGACCUCACAGGAAUCACGCUGAAGACACGCUGUGUCCAACGUAAAGUAAGCUUUUAACAUGAACAAGCAUUCUAAUAACGUUGAGUGUUUGUACUUUGAAAUUUGUACUUUGUCAAUCGCGAUUGCUAACGGCGCGAAUUAUUUUAUUAUUCGAUUCGAUUUACGAAAAGCACAUAAAAUUUGGAAUUUUUGUGGAAUCAAGUUUUAUCAAAAAUUAUAUAACUUUUAUUGGGACAUGAUCUUCACGAUCAAUUGCAACAAAUGAAGGAAAGGAUUUUUUAUCAACUAUAUACACAGUCUACUAAUAUUUAUAAAAAUAAUUCUUUAUCCUUUUUGCUAUAAAUCAAAUUGCAAUACUUUUAUGAUAAAAAAGCUGAUAUCUAUCAAAUAAAUCUCGACAGUGGAGAGCUCAAAUAAAUAGAAUAGUUGAUAUUAAAAUUUUAAUGACGAAGGGAUGUUACAAAAUAUAAAAUGUCGAGGUUUAAA